UCGGUAUUUAUAAGGAUGAGUUUUGAAAGGAAGGUGUUAAACGCAACGAACUUCCGUUGUGUCGUAUGUCUUUCUUACAUAAACUCAAUUUAAGAGUACAAUGUUCUUUCUCUUUACUGAUUCCAGUUUGUUGGCUGUUAUAGAAGGGUUUAUCACUUCAUAAGGUGUGAAAGCCAAAAAAGAAAUCCUUUACUUGGAUUGUAAAGUUUGAUAUUUUAUUAUGAUUAUAUCGACAAUUGAUUGAACAAACUCUGCAGAAGAGUUGGAUUGAACUGAAGCUUAGAAACAAUAGGGUAUUUCUCUGUUUUUGGUUUGAUUGAUUUGGAACUCAAGAUUCCAAAUCCUAAUGGUUCAAAUUAUGCCAUUUUAAUCAGCCUCUUGUAUAUUAGAUGUUGCUUCAUAGGGUAAAGAGCUUCUUAAAUAACCAGCUAACUAUCAAACAGGCGAAACAAAUUCAUGCUCAAAUCCUUAUUACCAGCCUUAACCACCUCCAGCCUUCCUUGGUUCAUCAGUUCCUUCUAUCCACAACCAACUAUUCGGCUAGUGUUUUUGUUUAUGUGCGAGAAAUCCUCUACCAUUUGCAAAAGCCGGAUGCUUUUUCAUGGGGUUGCACCGUAAGGUUUUUAUCACGGCACGGGCAAUUCGAAGAGGCUUUUUCUCUUUAUGUUGAAAUGCAGAAGCUUGGGUUGUACCCAAGCACACAUGCCGUAUCGUCUGCUUUAAGAGCAUGCGCUAGGACUGGGAGUAAAACCGGUGGGAUUUCGAUCCAUGCUCAGGUUCAUAGAUAUGGGGUUUGCAACUGUGUUUUUGUGCAAACAACUCUUGUGGAUUUCUAUACGAAGCUGGGUGAUAUGGAUACUGCAAAAAGGGUUUUCAAUGAGAUGCUUGAAAAGAAUGUGGUCUCGUGGAAUUCGAUUUUAUCUGGGUAUUUGAAAGCUGGAAACUUAGGAGAGGCUCAGAGGGUGUUUGAUGAAAUGCCAAAGAAAGAUGUCAUAUCUUGGAAUGCAAUUCUAUCAGGGUAUGCGAAAAUGGGAAAUAUGGAUAAGACCCUUUCAUUUUUUCAGCAGAUGCCAGAGAAAAGUUUCGCUUCUUGGAAUACUUUGAUUAGUGGUUAUAUGGAACGUGGAGAAAUUGAAUCAGCUCGGAGAUUUUUUGACAUGAUGCAUCGAAGAAAUAAUAUUACCUGGAUCACAAUGAUCGGCGGUUACUCUAAAUGUGGGGAUGCCGAAUCUGCCCGCGAACUCUUUGAUGAAAUGCCUGAGAAAGAUCAUUUAGCCUUUAAUGCCAUGAUUUCUUGCUAUGCCCAAAACAGUGAACCAAAGGAAGCCCUAAAGUUGUUCGACGACAUGCUUAAAUCAGGUGUCAAUAUCCAGCCCGAUGGAGUAACUUUGGCAAGUGUUAUAUCUGCUUGUUCACAACUAGGAGAAUUGAGAUUUGGUUCAUGGAUUGAAUCAUACAUAAAUAAGCAUGGAAUCCAAAUGGAUGACCAUAUGGCUACUGCUUUAGUCGAUUUGCAUUCGAAGUGUGGAAAUGUUGAUAAGGCCUAUAAGCUUUUUAAUGGUCUGAGAAAAAGGGAUGUUGUUGCUUACAGUGCAAUGAUAGCUGGAUGUGCUAUCAAUGGCAAGGCUAUUGAUGCCAUCAAGUUAUUCCAAGAAAUGGUGGAAGCGCAAAUUCAACCAAAUUUAGCUACCUUCUCCGGGUUAUUAACCGCCUAUAAUCAUGCUGGCCUGGUUGAAGAAGGCUACCGGUGCUUUAAUUUAAUGAAGGACAAUGGACUUGUACCUUCAACUGAUCACCAUGCUAUCAUGGUUGAUCUUUUGGGCAGGGCAGGAAAAUUAGAAGAAGCAUAUAAACUAAUAAAGAGUAUGCCUGUGAAGCCCCAUACUGGUGUUUGGGGAGCUUUGCUUCAAGCCUGUAGUGUACAUAAAAAUGUUGAGUUCGGAGAGAUUGCAGCUAAGCAUUGCUUUGAGUUGGAGCCUAGUACAGGUGGUUAUUAUUCUCUCCUUGCCAAUAUUUAUGCCUCUGUUGGGAGGUGGCAGGAUGCGAGACGAAUGAGAAGGAAUAUGGACAGGAAGAAGCUGGACAAGAUACCUGGUUGUAGUUGGACAGAAUCGACUUAGAGUCUUCCACCAUUGACAGACUUAAGUGACCAUCUAACUCAGGAUGUGGUCCAGGAGUGAUGGCGAGUUGACAUUGAAUGGGCCAGCUUGUCCUCAAUAAAAUGCUUGGAGUACUACAUAAUUUUGGUAGAAGAACAUUGAUAAUCCUCAACUCCUUCUCUUCUCUACUCAUAGAGUGCUAUCCCCCUGGCUCCUGUGUUGCUUAAAGUUUUAUGUCUAACAGGAGAUUCAGGUUCUUCUUGUUCCUCGACUGCAUAGGAAGAUGGAGGAUACCUCCAUUUUCGCCUAAUUUUUUCUUCUUUCUUUUUCUUUUGUGAGUGGCAGCUGAAUGCACCUCUUUUUUUUGUUCUUGGUUUCUUUUAAUUAGAAAAGGAAGUUGAGUUGUAGUUCCCAAUAACUCCAUAAUGAAAUUGGUAGUGUAUGAUGCAUCUAAGUACAUAGACUAAAUUUAAUUUUAAAGUUAGGAAGAAUAUAAAA